GUCUGUAAAUCUGCAAAUGCCGUACUGCUGCCUCCGGUGUAGUCUGAUGCGCGGUUUAGACUGCUGAAUAUGGACUGCAUGGAUUAGCAUGUGUUCGUGCGUGGAUCCACUCUUAACUAAUCUUUUUAUUUUGCUUUGUUUUUUAAAUGGCGGUCGAAAUAUACAAUAGCCUACCUCUUUCCAUGUGGAUUGGAGAACACUGAAAGGAAACGCGAGCUUAUUUUAACGGGUCUCGGGAAGUUUGUUGGAUCUGCCACUGGGGAUGGAUUAUUGUUAACAUUGGAUGCGUAUUUAAAUAAUGGAGAUACAGUUUUCGGAUAACCCUAAGGUAGAGAUAUUUUUUGUACAAUCAUGAUAAAUAAGUCUCUGCUAAAUCCUUCCGUAAAUCAACAAUCUAGGCUACUGGUAAAUAGCCUAUUCCUAGACUUGACCCUACGUCUCUCUUAGAAGCACAUUCAUGAAGCUUGCACUAUGGAAUUUUAGUGAGAAAGAGAGCGAAGUGGAUUUCUCCAGGACUCGGAAUGAUCUAUUUCUUAAGGAAACUGUGUCGCACCAUACCGCAUUCCAAAGGAAUUAAAAGUUCACGAGGGUGUGUGAAAUAUUUGUACUAACAGAUGUAUUCAUUUUUUUCUGAAACAUUGAGAGUGGCAGUAUUAUUUAAAAGAAUUGUCUUAUAUUUAAGGGUUUAUUUUUAAAACUCGUUUUAUUUGUACUCAAUUCAACAAUCGGACAAAGGUUGUUCAAUUAGCGUAAAACUUUUAAUCUGCUGCACCAAGAGAUCAAGAUUGUAAUGGGAGAAGCAGCCCCGGCUCAGCCUGCGGUAGGUGGAUUUGUAUCCAUGUUAGGUGUUGGCAUGGUGGGCUCCAUGCCAGGUCGUGUCAGCGGGCCUAUUGCGGCCUCUCGAGGGUCCGCCGUCCCGCAGCUUCAUAGUGCCAUCGUUGAGCGGUUGCGUGCCCGCAUCGAGCUGUGCCGACGGCAUCACUCCACCUGCGAGAGCCGCUACCAGCGAGGUCAGGCGGAGACCUCGGACCGUGAACACGAGAACACCUUACACCUUCUCAACCUCGUUCAUCAAAGUACGGGCAACAGAAAAAUCAGGGGCAGCCGGUCGGUGGGGCAGCAGUCAACGGCAGACUACAACCGGCUGAACGGCGACCAGAGAGCCCAAAAUUCAGAGACGGAGCCCAAGGUUGUAACGCGAAACUUAGUCCAUGGGUCUUUGAGGAGAAAGAUUGAAGGACAUCCUUCUGGGUUCAAGAAAAAUGGCGUAACUUGUGGGACUUCAGGAGGAGACUUCAAACGUAUCCGUGUAGACCCAGGUAGUCUUCAGACUGGGCCUUGUGCUCUUGGGCCUAGCCGGGUUCAGAACCACCCAGGCACAGCCUCCAUGGGCCACCACUUGCACUCCUUGAUGCCUCAUAGCUUGGGCAGUGACCUCUUCAAUAUAACCCUCAGGGACAUGAAGAAGGAGCCUGUGGAGGUGCAGACAUGUGGCCAGGCUUCAGCCGACGUUGGCAUGAUUGGGUUUGACUUCAAGGAUGAAGGGGGAGGCCAGAUCGACCCUGAGCUCCAGGAGCUCUUUGACGAGCUGACAAAAUCCGUGCCUUCCUUGAAUGACCUGGAGAUUGAGAAGAUACUUAAACAGGAUGACACCUUUAAUCUGGAGUUGGGGCGCCCCAGCUCAACAGGCUCAACCAAUCCCUGCCCCCUCUUGGAUAGACCAAUCAAGACUGAGUACUCUCCAGACUUUAGCCAGGUGUGUAAGGGUGCCCCGCAACUAAGGCCUGCCUCGGCUGGUCCAUCAUUCUCCAUGGAUGGUUCAGUACAGAUGAGUCAUGUUCAGACGUCUCAGGGCUCUGCUGGCCUCUCCAGAACCAUAUCAGGCUGGCCAGAACUCUCCCACGCAGAGCAGCUCAAACAGAUGGCAGCAAACCAGCAACAGCCAAGUGUCCUGCUCCACCAUCCCCAGCAAAGUCACCAGAAUCAGAACCACCAGGUGACCUGGCCCCUGGGCUUAGGCACCCACCCUGCAGGGACUUUCACCCAUGGAGAUAAACUGCCUGGUGUUGCCACAAUGUGCCCUCAACAUAUCAGCCCCCUCAUCAACAAGCAGAGCAAGGGCAGAAAUAACUGCCUUUUCAAGCGUAAUGGAUUCAGCAACUCCAACUAUACAGACCUCAAGGUCCUAAACAGCAAGCCCAUGCUUCAGUUCACUCCGAAGGUCCCCCUCAUGCCUCAGGGAAAAGCCACCUCACAACAACAUCAACAACAACAACAGCAGCAGGAGCAAAUAGCUGCUGCUGCACAGAAUAAGAACCAUAGUCAGCAGCAGACCCAGACUCUUAGCGGACUUCAUUUCCAGAACCAACAGGUACCCACAGUUGGAUCACAAUGCCUCCUGCCCAAAGGAAUGUCUCCAAGACCAUGUCUCAGCCAGCAUGGGCCAGGGAUGCACAUCAAAAUGAGUCCGCAACAACAACCGGUCACACAGGCUGGACCAUGCCUGCCAGGGAACAGUCGGAUCCGUGACAUCACAGCCCUGUCCCAGCAGCAGCAGGGGUUUGCAGCCCACAGCGGUCAGGAGAAGACAGUAGGGAAGAAUCAUGCCAUGCAGAGGUCGCUGGGGCAACAGAAUGACAUCCUUUCUGGCACAGAGAAAGCCGGUGCCCCAGACCAGUUCAGUCAUCAUCUCACAAGACCUCCCCCUGACUAUGAGCAGGCCAGAAUCGCAGUGGGAGGUCAACCGUCUAUGAUAUACACAGGUAGAAUGACACAUUCAGGAAUAACUUCCUCUCAGCCUGUUGCAAAGAACAGCCCAGACCAGAGUGACCUGCAGGCCAUGCCCUGUCCCCUGCCAAACAGCCAGGCCUCUAAGAUGAUCCCCACCUCCAGAGACACCUUCUCAGGCGGACAGGACCCCCAUCAAGGCUCCUGUGUCCAACCCCGUGUGGGUCAACUAAGAGAACAUCAGCAGCAACAGCAGCAGUUCAACAGCAGUAAUGAAGGCAGGAUGGGAGGAUUACAUCAGAACAAACUGCCACAGUUCCAGGGGACCAAUGGUCAGAGCUUUGCCACCAACGCCGUCACAAACAUCCAGCCACGUAUCAGGACUGCAGUGAGUCAACACAGGCUUCUGGGAUCGGGGCUACGUGGCUCGACUGGUGGUGGCAGUAUGGAGUCGGGCAUGAACUGGGCACAGGGGCAAAAGCAGACUGGGUUGGAUUUGAAGAGGAGGUCAGGAUCAGCAGCGUCCCCUAGUUCACAGCCUGACAUGGGUGGGCACCACCAUUUCCAGCAGAACUCUAUUGGACCGCCCAAUCAAGUGGUACCGCAUGGUGGAAUGCCGCCCCUCAACUCUGGCAACGUUCGAGGCCAGACCUCAAGAACCUGUCCACCCCAGACCCAACCCCGGAUGCCCACACCUUCCACCAAUCUGAAUCCGGGCUCAAUACCCGAGUCGGUUUGUGUUGGACCUUUCCCACCACCCAGUCAGAACCUGAGAGGGUAUCAGCAGAGCAGCAGCAACAGCCGCGCAGGCCAACAUACAUUUGACUUUCUGCCGGAGGGAGACAACACUGUGCCAGGGGUUAACACAGACUCUGAUUUCAUUGAUUCGCUGUUGAAGUCAGGAACAGGAAAUGAUGAUUGGAUGAAGGACAUUAACCUGGAAGAGAUUCUUGGUGGAAACUCCUAAAAUGGGUCUCUGCAACCAGAGACCCAUUGAGUCAUUAUAAAAGGAUUCCUGAAAAUGGAAUUUCAGAAAUGUCAAAGAUGAGAUGUUAACAUGGAUUUCUUUUUUUAAUUGACUGCAUAUAACGAAUACAUGAUUGAUUAUACUAAAUAUGGAAAUGGUUGUUUGUGCAAAAUUAUAAUUGCAUUUUAUAUAAGUAUGUACAAAAAGGAUGUGUUAGAAAUUCCAUGUUCCAAGCAUGUUUUAUAUGGAGCAUUUCAGAUCAUUUGGUGACACGUGUAUACCAGUGCACUAUAACAGUCGGUCAUUAUGUUGUAGAGACACAUUUGUUUAAAGAUUUACAAUAAGUUGUAUUCAUAUGAUGGGCCCCAAUGAGAAAGAUAUCAAUGAUAUUGUAUCACAGUUUGCAUUUUCUACAGCCUCAUUCCUAAAGCCUUUUAGCACUUAGUUACAAUCUAGUCAAUGAAAGUUCAUCCCAAACCAUCUGUAGACACUUAAACAAACAACCUGCUUUCAGCUUCGGGUCUCAAGGCUUGCAAAACGUUGGCUACUAUGUAAUAAAUAUGUUUUGAUGGGUCGCCUCACUAAUACAUUUGUAAUCAAUAUAUAUUUCAAUUCAGGUAAUGAAAUGAUAUAUUUUACAGGAAACUUUCUGUCUGAUGUUGAUGCUAUUUUGUAAAGAUACAACCCCUUCAAAUCGUUAAUGUCAAUUAAACCUUUGUAUACUGGUAAUAAACUGUUACAUAAAAGUGCAAUGUUGAAUUUAUGUAAUUUUGUGUUCUCAGCAUCAUGAUUCCAUUGUACUAUUAUGUUAUUAUAUUAUCAAA